AAACCAUAAUUUGGGCUAUGUUCAAUGUGGAAUUAUCUGCGUGAGCGAUCGGUCAGACUUUUAAUAUAACCAGCAGUUAAAAUUUGAAUUGAAAAUAAAAAAAAAUAAAUAAGUCUUUACGCAUUAAAAUUUUAUUUAAUCAAUAGUGACUUUUUAAUUAGGGUAUAUAAUUUUGUUAAUACUUUCGUAAGAGAAAUAUUCGGGAGUAAUGGCUUUUAAAUUGAUAACUUCUGUCCUUCUAAGGACUUCACAAGAACUCCUCCCAAUAAGAAGAGUACCAGCAUCAGUUCGACUAUUAAACAUUUUUAUGAAAGUUGAAACCAUCAAGAUGGUUCCAAAUUUCCAAAUUAAAGCAGUCCGGCAAUAUUCAAAAACUCCAAUGCCAGCUUAUGCCUACGAUCUUGAAUCUGAUUCCGACUCAGACGGUGAAACAUCCCAUAGGCGAUAUAAAGACAAUAAAAAAAUGCCACAAAGGGGGGAAAGUGAAUUCUGGCGCAGAAAGAUGCGAACACUCCAUAACAUUCUAGAUGUAAAUCGAGAUGGUGUGAUAUCAUUUGAUGAUUACAGUUUACUAGCUAAAAGAUUUACUGAUGUGGGAAAUUUAUCACCUGAAAUGUCUGCUGAAUUUUUCGAUGUUAUGAAACAAACUUGGGAAGAACAAUGGGGUGAAAUUAAUCCCUAUAAUUUAGUCACCGCCGAACAAUUUUUAACUGAACUACAUCAUAAGCUCAACGAUAAAGAUUUAGUCAAAAAAAUUGGACGCUUUCUUCCGUAUCUCUUUAAGGCAGUUGAUAUUGAUCAUACUGGUCAUUUGAAUCUAGACCAAUACAAAUUAUUUUUCCGUUGCCUCGGACUGACUGAUGAGGAUGCGGCAGUAUCAUUCGCUGUGAUAGACAGAAACGGUGAUGGCCAGCUGUCAUUAAAUGAAUUCGUACAUCUUGGACGACAGUAUUUUUUAAGCGAAAACGAACGUAAAAUAUCGAGAAUGUUUUGGGGACCAUUGAUUAAACAUUGAUAUUUCCUUCUGGUCAAGAAAUGAUUUAAUUAUUUUCAUAGAAAUUGGCUAAAUAUAAGACUUUCAAUAGAAUACUAAUUAUUUAAGGUUAUUUUUGUAUUAGUUUAUAAAAAUAGAUUUAAGGCAUUAUUUUUAUACCUACUCAUAAUAAAACCGUUUAUAUUUUUAUAUUGAUGUAAGAAACAUUAUUCAAAUUUA